AUGACUUCAGUGCCACGGAGGUUUGAUAGAUGUAGAACAUCAAAACGUUACUGCGCUGAAAAACUCUGCUGCAAAUCCGAAAGGGCAGAGGCGACCUUUCACUGUGACGACUGUCGUACAGACCAAUGCUAUGAUUGCGUCACGAGCAUACACCAGUCCAGUCCAAAAUUUGAGUUUCAUGAACGUUCACAUAUAGUUCCUCCUUUAUUUGAAUUUCUGUGUCAGAUAUCAAACGCUGAAAGCAAUCGACACUGUACUGAACUAAACUUCGCAGACCUACAUUGUGAAAUUUGCAAUAUUAACUUUUGUUUUACAUGCUUUGAGUUUUAUCAUCGGGGUCCUAGAAGAACUCACAGAAAAACUAAUUUCAAAGAUUAUAAAUCCCGAGAAGCACAGAAAAAUCUUGAAACUAUUGUCAAGCCGAUAUCUCCUGUGGAUCUUGAAGAUACUUCAUUGACCUUUGUAUCCUGUCCACAAAUACAAGUUGAUCAAGAAGUGACAAGCAGCAUGGAUUCAUUCAACAGUGUGAAUUCAAGACAUAGUCAAAAUGGGAGCAUACCAGAUUUGUGCCUAAACUCAAAUGGGAAAGACCUGAUACAUAUUGAAGAAGAACUGGCUGCUAGUCAAAUAGAUGAACAUCAUUACAACAGUGGAAGUUUUAUGCUUCUUGAUGGGCAAGAAAAGUUACAGGUUGAUGAUAAAGAGGACUUUUUGGAAAAACUUGGUUGUGAUGAAGAUGAACAAGUGAAAGUUGUGUCUAUCUUUGGCAAUACUGGUGAUGGGAAGUCCUACACUCUGAAUUAUACAUUUUUUGGUGGAAAAGAGGUUUUUCAGACCUCUGCCCACCAAGAAUCCUGCACAAUAGGAGUUUGGGCUUCAUAUGACCCUGUAACUAAAGCCAUGGUGAUUGACACAGAAGGAUUUCUAGGUAUAACAGCAAAUCAAAACCAGAGAUCAAGACUUCUGUUGAAGAUCCUAGCAAUAUCAGAUGUUGUUAUUUAUCGUACUCGUGCAGAGCGCCUCCACAAUGAUAUGUUCCAGUUCCUUAGCGAUGCGUCAACAGCAUACACAAAACAUUUCUCUCAGGAGCUGAAAGCAACUGCAAAGCGUUGUCGGAAAAAUGCAGCAGAUCUGCAUCCUUCUGUGAUAGUUUUUCAUGAAACAACUAACACGAAAGUUCUUGGAGAAGAUAAUGGUGGUAAGCCAGCAGAGAGUGACCUCCUAGAUAAGUUCCAACAACUGGAUUGUCAAAUGCAUUUUAAAGACCUAAAAUAUGUUGGAACUAGGACCAAAGGGGCUAAAACAGACUUUCAGCGGUUUCAAGCAGAGCUGCAGGAACAACUGGAAAACAAGUCUCAUAGAGCUGCCAGAAAGCCAGAGGUUGUUUACACAACCCUUAAGAAUUUAAAUGACAAAUUCAGUGGUGAGAUAGAGAAGCCAGUGUUUGGGAUGUUUCCUGACCAGAUGUUUACAUGCUCUAUAAAGUGCCAGUGUUGUGGGGAGAACUGUUGUCUAAGCAUGAAUCACAAAACUGACCAAUCACAUCAUACAGACAAGCGAUGUAAAUACCAGCACCAGUUUGGUAACAAAGUCUACCUCUGUAAGAGGUGCUGGAUGGUUGGAAAACAAAACAUUGUGGUGCUGAAAACAUCUGAAUCUCAAGACAAUGCGUGGAUGGGGUUUGCUAAAUAUGUCUGGGCAGGGGAAGUUUUAGAGUGUCCUCACUGUGGAGUUAUUUACCGGAGCCGAGAGAAGUGGUAUGGCAACAGUCACGUAGAGGACGUAGUUACCAUGGAGAUUAGACAUGUGUGGCCUGAUGGCCUUCAGAACUUACAGGGGGCUCAGAAUGCUGCCCGUAAGCUGGUGGAUGGUAUGCACUACAUUGCCGAUUCCAUUAGCAGUGUUGGGUCAGGACCUACUAAAAUGUUGUCGGACUGGAUGGCUGACAAGAUCGCCCCUGAGUAUUGGGUACCCAAUGCUCAAAUAAAAGAAUGUAGUCUUUGUUCUGUAAGGCUUGAGAAUGAACAGAAGCACCAUUGUCGGGUUUGUGGGAAGGGCUUUUGUGAUGGCUGUUCAACGCAUCGCAGACCAGUUCCAGAGAGAGGCUGGGGAGAGAAUGUUGCGGUCCGUGUAUGUGACAACUGUUUUCAAACUGACAACAUGACAGGCUCAGCUGAAAGCACAGGCAGUAAUUCGCAGACGACAGCCAGACGGGUAGGGGAAGCAGUGACUACAGCUAUUGGUGUGGCAGCUUCGACGUUCAACUACCCUCUGGACAUGCUGAAAGACACUGCUAGACCUGCCUACUGGAUACCAGAUACCGAGAUAAAGAAUUGUUGUGUGUGUAAGGAGGAGUUUGGACCCAAGAGAGCAAUCCAUCACUGUAGAACCUGUGGUAAAGGUGUAUGUAAGGCAUGCUCACCUAAUAAACUUCCAGUUCCUAUAAGGGGUUGGGACUAUCCUGUUAGGGUGUGUACAAAGUGUGAGAAAAAGACAGAGGAAAUAUGAAUCAUAUCGUCCAUGUCUAGGACUUGGGAUGUUAUGUUGUUUAAGUACAAUUCAGAAAUAUGUUGUCGGGAUGAAGAUCAGUGAAAGGCCGGCUGUGAUAGAGGAAGGUGCUAUGCAUGUGAUGAAAUGCAGAAAUGUAUCUGAAAAUGUACAGUGGAAUUUAGUUUCACUUUCAGUGAUGGUAAUGAUAAUAAUGUUUGUUAUGUAAAGUGUCAUUUUUUUAUGUGUCAACUUCCCUUUUAUGUUCUUAAUGGCAGGUAAAAUGGAGGGGCAAAAUAACUUCGCAGAUAUGCUUACCGUAUUUUUCAGGUUAUAAGCCGCACCAGUAUAUAAGUCACAGGACCAGUUUUUAGCAAUUUUUUUUCUGAUUUGAUCUACAUAUAAGGUACACCCUAAUAUAAGCUGCUUAUGAUAUGGUGACCACUAUUGCAGACGUUUGAUAUAUUGGUAACUGAUAAUUGAAGGUAGUUCUUACAAAGUGGUAACCGUUAAGGUGACAAAAGUUUGUUUAUAAAACAGAAAAUGUAGGUCAGUUUAUCAAGAUUGUCAGUAAAACAUUUCAUGAAGUUUGCAAAUUAAUUAUACACAGAUAAUCCUUUAUUUUGUUUAUGUAUUUUAAAAAACAUAAAGUAGCAAAUAUCAACUUGUUUGGCUUUGAAGUAAAUGCGAAAGUCCAGAAGGUAUUAUUGUGAUUCGUAUUAAAAGGUAUUAUUGACUAAAUCCACGAGAAUGUUAUUUUUAUUUCAAUCUUAAAAUUUGUAUACGAUUGCAAAUGAUGGUUCAAGACUAUCUGUUUCAGUCACAAACAGGUGUACUGGUACACUUUCCUGUUUUUUGUUUUUUUCAUCCUGUCAUGUUUUUUUCUUGUCCACAUAUGAAGCACACCAUUAUAUAAGCUGCAUGCCUGUUUCACAAGGAACAAGGAAAAAAGGUGCGGCUUAUAAUCUGGAAAAUACCGUAUUGUAAACAGACAUACUUCAGCUGUAAUCUUAUUUUAGCACUUUUCAUGUUUGAGAUAUUGCUCUUAAAUAUAAUUGCACUAAGUGCAGUUUCUUUAUGGUGUUAAUAAAGCAAUAGCAAUUAUUGAGAAUGCCAAAGAUCAUCAUUGUGCUUGUUUGUUCAAAAUUGAUAAUAUGCUGAAGUUUGAGAGCACCAAAAUGUCUGUAGUAUUAAAUAUUAUGAAACAAUUGAACACUCUUAAAUUAGUUUAAAACUUUAUAUUAUUGAAAUUUUGUGAAUCAAACCUCAAGUAUCCCAAACUUUGGGAUUACCUCAGUCUAUAAUUUGAUUGGUUCAUAUUAAGAAGCUGGUAUCCAUAUAUCUAUCUGUUAUUUGACUGGUUUACCAUUUUAGAAGCUGGGGAUUUGAUUGGGUCAGAGAUUGAGAAGCUUGGAAUUCCUUCUAUGAUGGGUCAUUCAGAUAUCUAUUAUUUGAUUGGUUUUUCAAUCAGCUAUUACUUGACCACUAAAAUUUUUUUUAAAAAAUGUACAGACAUGUGAACAGAUUUCUCUCUGUCUUCUGUGAAAGGAAUGCACAAGACUUAUUAAUACUGUAACAAAGUGUUAACAUUCCAUCUUACACUGUGCAUUGUUUAUUAUGGUAUAUAUCUGUAGAACUAACAAAAAGCAGGGAUUUGUUUAGUGGUAUAAUUUCUAUAAUUUCAUAUUUCAAUAAGUUUGUGGUAAAUUAUCAAGAAAUAUUGUAAAAAAGUAAAAAUAACUGACAAGUUUUGUAAUGCACUUUAAAUGAUUAAAAUUGGAUUUAUGACAUAACAGUUUGUGAUAUUUUGAAGCUAUCUUAUUGUACCAACAAUCUGAAAACAGGUUGGGCUUUAGCCUAUACCUGAUAUUUAUUUAGACUUUGAUAAUUAUCAAACCAGUGUAAAGUUUUGUGUGUAGCUCUCUAUUAAGUGUUGACAUAAAAUCAGACCUGGAAUAUCCCAAUACACAUUUUCCAUUAAUUGAACUUUGUUAUUUAAUUACAUAAAUUUAAUAUAUUCCAACUGUUACCAUAAUCCUGAUGAUAUAGACAAGCAAGAUAUAUAAUUACAUGUGAUUUUUGUUCACAUGACUUCAUGUGUAUUGUAAAAACUUCUUGUACAUAAACAACCAUUCCUUUUCUGAAGAUCAUAUUUGCCGCAUAGACAGCAUGAAAAGUGAUAGAAGUACAGAUAACUUUUGCAACCAAAAAUAGGCUGGAAUCAAGUUUGAACCAGUCUUUGAAAUCGUCAUAGAACUCAUCUUUUAAUUAAUGUCUUUAUGUAGAUAAUAAUAAAAAUAAUUUAUAAAUGAUUUAUUUUUUUUGAUUGAUGCCAAAAAUUGUGGAUUCCCAUCUUGAAAUUUUCUCGAAAAUGAACAAAAAUAGUAUGUAUGUACUUUGUGAACCAUAAUCUUCAAUGUAGGUAUAUGUAUAUUGUAAUAUACUGGAUGCUACAUGUACUAUGCAGCACAAGGAGAUGUACUUUACUUUAAGAACAAUAACAUGUAACUUUUUCCUGUACAUAAUUUUCAUGAUGUUUGAGGUAAAACUGUGUCAGGCAAGAUCCUUUAUACUUUAAACUGAUAGAUUGUUGUUUACCUGAAUUUAUCUGGUAUUCUUUAUAUUCUUAAUUAGUAAAUGUAUUGGUCAGUUUGUUGUAAGAUUAAAAUCCUAUUUUCAAGCAUUCCCUGCUUUAAUGUAUUCCAUAUAGUAUUAUUUGUAUUCUGAUCUACAUUGUUUGAAGAUUUCAUGCACAAUAUUGAUGUAUUUACUCAUUCAGUAUGCUUGUGACCCUUAGAUAAUUCUUGAUUUUAAUAUGUUACCAAAAUUUAUUUUUCAGAGGGUCUAUAUUUUUGUGAAUAUCUAGGUAACAAAUUUACCUGGUAUUCUGAAAUUUUGUCUGACAGGCAUGACAAAGUGAUGACAGAAGUAAAUGCUCUUUUUAGUUAGAAUUAUUUGCUUUCUGUAAUAUAUAUAAAUGUGCACUACCCAGAUAUGAUCAAUUGGAAAAUAAUGUCUUUCAUACAUUUAAGCUUUAUUUAUUACAAAAAAAAAAUGGAAAAAAAAAAAUAAAAAAGGUUUAAUAAAUUAUUGAAAUUAAUUUUUAUUUCAUAUGUUAUUCAUGUAUAAGUAUAAAUAAAUGCAGUCAAAUAUUUACAGUGAUAGUGGAAUUUGGUCUGUGUAAAUCAUAUCAGCACAUUUUGAACCAAAAUAAUGAAAGUAGAAAGUUGAAUUUAUACAUACAUCAAGAACGAGACAUAUCAAACAAACAUAUGUAAAAAGUUGAGUCAUGAUUCUCAAUGACUCUCAAUGACCAAGUCAAUGCUUUCUCCUAUUUUGACUUUUGUAUAACAGGUAUGUUUCAAGUGUUUGGCAUUGGUCAUUAGUCCACCAUAACCUUAUUUUGUCAGCGAGAUUUCCCACAGUAAUCAACUGAUCAUUUUCAGUCUCGGCUUAAUCAUUAUGCCACUUGUUGCUUUCAUAACACAUCAUGUCUGGAGAUCUGUCUCGCUUUUCAAUGGCAUGUUUUUCUGGCCAGCAAUGUAAUUCAAAUUCAUUUGGAAGAGUUACUGAAUCUUAUUGUGAUCCAUAUAUGCCAAACAUGACAUUAAAUAUCUAUUCACCACUUUUUAAAAAAAAAAUCCCAAAUUCCAAAAAACAUCAUGACGAAAAAUUAUUUUUCCCUGAAUGACGAAUUUAUUUUUAAGACAGUAAAAUGUGUUUGUUUAAAAAGUGACCUGCUUACCAUUUUACAAUAUGUUAAUAUCACUGAGAAAUUUUAAAUCUUAAAAGUUUGUCCAAAGUAUUCUUACAGGUCCAAUUACAUUUCAAAAAUGGAGCCAUCCAUUAUAUGGUGAUAGUUCAAGCAUUUAUAGUUUGAUUCUUGGUGUAUAUCUGACAUCUUAUAUCCAUUAAUAAUUAUAAAUUAUUAGAGCUGAUUUCUAUAGUGCAAAUGAUUACAGUGAUUAUGUCUGAUAUACAUGUAUAUAUAUUUUAUUGUCACAAUUUGAGUAAGAUACAAUUAGAUUUCCUGAUAGCCAACAUUAUGUUUGUUAUAUGACAACCUAAAUUUAUCAGGAUCAGAAGAUUUUGUUGAGACUUAUGGUGUAGACCUUGAACUGGUCAAGAUAUCUUAUGUUGUUAUAUCCAACAAGCAUGAUGUGUUAUUAACUCAUCUGGUCCAAAGAACCAGUGAGUUUAUGCUGUGGCACAGUGUACAUUGUUCAUCAAGUUUUUACUAACAAUUUCUUCUAGUCAUGAACAACUGAACAGAUUUUCGACCAAAUUUUGUCAGAAGCAUCAUUUCGGGAAAAGGAACCAGGCUUGUCUAUAAAUUGGUUUUCAUCCCCCAGGGGCAUGAGGGGUAGAGCCCAAUAGAGAAAAUUGAGCAAAUUCUUAAAACUCCAGUACUUCUCCUGCAGAAUGAUUUAACCAAAUUUGGUGUGGAGUAUUCUUGGGUUAAGGAAAUCAGUUUUUUGUAUAAAAGGUGGAUCCCGGCUCCCAGGGGUGAGAUUUUGCUAAGGUAAAGUAUAGGAAAAUAAAAUAAAAGUAGAAAAGAUAUAGGAUAGAUAGAGAAAAUUCUUUAAAAUCCUACUCCUCCUGUAAAAAUGACCGUUUGCCCGAAUUAGGUCUGAAUCAUUCUUUGAUGAAGGGGAAUCAAUUCUGUAUAAAAAAAUCCUACUCCUCCUGUUGGAAUGAUUUGAUUUUGCCCAAAUUUAGUAGUAGCAUCCUUGUGUGAAGAAACCUCAAUUAUGUAUAAAAAGUGAGUCUUGGCCCCAUGGGGUAAGAGGGCGGAGCCCAGUAGGGGAAACAGAGAAAAACCUUCUUCUGUGGGAUAAUGCCUGAGUGUCCUAUUUUGGUCUGAAGCAUUCUUGUGUAAAGGGGAAUAAAUUUGAUGUAAAUGUUAGGUCACGGCUGAAUAGUGGAAAUAGAGAAAAUUCUCUAAAAUCUUUCUCAUGUGGAAAUGUCUUGAUUCUGUCCUGAUUUGGUCUGAAGCAGACCUAAGUGAAAGGAACCUAAUUUUAUAUCCACCAAGAGUCUGACGACAGAAAUGUGGGGCCCAAUAGGGGAAAUGUAAAUUCUGAAAAAUCCUUCUGUACAAGGAUAUUGUCCAAUUUUUAUGAAUGAUGAAUUUGAUUUUUAUUUGACCACAAUAUCAGAAGCCAAUAGGGAAAAUUGUUCUAGAAAUUAUUUGUCAUAUUUGAAAUUCUUUGUUAAAUGAAUGAAUAGCUGAAUUAAUCAGGUGAGUGAUGCAGGCCCCAUAAGCCUCUUGUUUUUUAUCACUUUACUGUUGGGUUAGUUUAUGUUCUCAGUAUUAAGACUCUAUUUAUGGACCCAUUUUAAUAUUGCAUGUACUGGUUUCAACUCUCUGUGAAGUUUAGGGAUAUGUUGUUAUUUUCAAAUUUUCUCCAGUUUAAGAGUGUACUGAUUCAGGAGCACUUACAAUCAUGUUUAUAUAUUUUACUUAAUGAUCAAUAUUGUUUACAGAAUGUUAAGAAUGUUAUGAAUUAAACUACAACAAAGACAUAGAUCAGUAAUUGAUACCACCUAUUUCAGUAGGUAAUUAACAAUCAGUUUUUUACAUUUAUAAAAAAGUCAUUUAAAUUCCUGCCAAGAUGUAUGUAGCAGUUUCAUUAAUUCAUUCAACUAUACCUAUUUGAGAUAUUAAAAAGAUGUGUUGAUUAAAAUAAAAAGUUUAUCGCAAUUAUAGGAUAGACUUGAAUGGUUCAAUUAAUUUAAAGAAUUCAUUGAAUUAUGUCCUCUAAUAGUCACCAUUUAUUUGGAUGUCAUGGAUCUUAAUGAAUA